UCACCAGGCAGACACGCAGGCAGUAGCAGUUGGCAGUUACUCUCGAGUCCUUGGUUAGGGUUAUCACGUAUCGGUUGCCAGGUAUUACUUAAACCGUCGUUGAGGGUAGCGCAGUCUGUACCUACUCUUGUCUCCCUCACCUAAGCGUCGACAUUUACAAGACUUCAACUUGGCAAAAUGGUUGCUAAGAAGCCGGAGAUCAAAUAUGUUAAGCUUUUCAUCAACAAUGAAUUUGUGGACGCAACAGGUGGAAAGACCUUUAGUGUGCUGAACCCUUCCACUGAAGAGAUCAUUUCUAAUGUCAGUGAGGCAUCUGAGGAAGAUGUAGACAAGGCAGUGGCAGCAGCACGUGCUGCCUUCAAGAGUAAUGCUCCGUGGCGCACCAUGGAUGCCUCUGAACGGGCAGCCCUCAUGCACAAGCUCUGUGAUCUUAUUGAACGUGACCUUGAAUACUUGGCAAGACUUGACACCCUAGACAAUGGCAAACCAUACACAGAGUCUCUAGGUGACCUUGACUAUUCCAUCAAGACACUACGUUAUUAUGCUGGCUGGUGUGACAAGAUUCAUGGCAAUACUGUUCCCUGUGAUGGACCAUACAUGUGUAUGACUCGUAAGGAACCAGUGGGGGUAGUGGGGCAGAUCAUCCCAUGGAACUAUCCUGUCAUGAUGCUGGCAUGGAAAUGGGGUCCUGCUCUGGCUGCUGGAUGCACCAUUGUCCUAAAGCCUGCUGAACUUACACCUCUCAGUGCACUUUAUGUGGGUGCUCUAGCCAAGGAGGCUGGAUUUCCUCCAGGCGUUGUGAACAUUGUGCCAGGACUUGGAGCUGUGGCAGGGCAUGCUGUUGCUCAUCACCAGGACAUUGACAAGGUGGCAUUCACAGGAUCAACAGCAGUAGGAAAGAAAAUCAUGCAGGCCUCUGGUGCUUCUAACUUGAAGCGUGUGACUAUGGAGUUAGGUGGCAAGAGUCCUCUUGUUGUCUGUGAAGACUGUGGUGACUUGGAUGAAGCAGCUGAAUUGUGCCAUACUGCCAUGUUUGGAAAUCAUGGGCAGAAUUGUUGUGCUGGUUCUCGUACCUUUGUGCAUGAAAGCAUUUAUGACGACUUUGUGAAGAAAGCAGUGAAGCUGGCUCAGGAGAGGAUUGUGGGAAACCCUUUUGAUGAGAAGACACUGCAGGGACCCCAGGUGAGCCAGCAGCAGAUGGAGCGAGUGCUUGGCUACAUUCAGAAAGGGAAGGCUGAAGGGGCCCGUCUGGAGUGUGGAGGUGACAGGCUGGGGAAUAAAGGCUACUUCAUCCAGCCAACAGUAUUUUCUGGUGUGACAGACAACAUGACCAUUGCUAAAGAAGAGAUCUUUGGACCAGUACAAGUCAUCCUCAAGUACAAGACUAUGGAGGAAGUGAUUGAGCGCUCUAACAACACAGAAUAUGGUCUGGCAUCUGGUAUAGUGACCAAGGACAUCAACAAAGCUCUCACCUAUGCCCAGACUGUGCGAGCUGGUUCAGUUUGGAUAAAUUGCUAUGAUUUGUGUCUGCCUCAAACACCUUUUGGAGGAUACAAGCAGUCAGGGCACGGCAGAGAACUGGGUGAAGAUGGACUGGAUGAGUACCUGGAAACCAAGACCAUCCUGAUCAAGGUACCAGUUAAAGUUUCCUGAAGUAACUACAUAAUUACUACCAGAUGCCUUCCAAACUAUAAUCAAUAGGUAAUUGGAUCUCAGUGACUUCUUAACCAAGAUGAAAAGUUCUUCAAGCAAAUAAAGGAGUAACAUUUUUGUGUCAAAUUAAACAUGAUAAUGUAUCUGAAUUAAAGUGAAUGCUGUACAACAAA